CCGGUGAGAACUUAUCUCGAAGAUCAUUUACUUGCAUCCAACGGCCAAUAGAUGAAGGACAAAGUAACAGUCGAAGGUGGGAUACGAAGGGUUAGGUCUGUUCUGCAGUACCUUCGCGCAAGAGAUGGGGGGCUGAUGAGCAUUUAGCUCUGUCCAACACAGAUCCUCCCGGAGAUGGAGCCGCAGCAUUCUGCGUCGAUGCCACCAUCGCAGCCACAACCUUGCUGCCGGUGAUCUCAGAACAAGCCGCCUUCCCAGCGUCAGUAGGAUCGGAGGAGGAACUCGGACGUGGAUCCGGAGGUCGGAAACGGACGACCUUAGGGGGAUUAGGAAGGGAAGGGGAACACACAGGCGGAGAUGACAUUCUGAGCUUUCCCUUGCUCGCUUGCCCCUUUUUGCGCUUGUCUGUGGCCUCUGUUAAUCCCACUAUCAUCCACCCCGAGGGCGAGGGCAGGACAGACGAAAGAAGGAAAGAAAAGACGAAGAUGGAAGAGAUGGAAACGGAUGUGAUGCCAGAGUGCCUGAUCUCGUUCGUUGACUCUGGAACUGUUGAGAGUCACCGAUACUUUCUGGCUCGGCGUACCCUGCUGGAGAUGCUCCGGGACCGUGGCUUCCCGAUUCCAGACGACGACCUCGCCAUCAGCCUCCCUGCCUUCCGCGCCCGGUUUGGUGACAAUCCCAAGCUCGAAGACCUUAGGAUCUCUACCACCAUACCCUCCAAUCCCCGCAAAAAGCUUCUUGUCAUCUUCUGUGGAAUUGAACCUUUCAAGUUGUCAACUGUGCGUGAAAUAUACAGCUGGGUUAGCAAAGAACACUUGACUGGGUUAAUAUUAGUGUUACAAAGUAAAAUGACAUCCAAAGCUCGAGAACUUACUGAAGAGAUUUUCAAAUUCAGACUGGAGAUAUUUCAAAUAACAGAAUUGCUGGUCAAUAUCACAAAGCACGUUUUGAAACCAAGGCAUGUCUUACUUGCUGCAGAAGAGAAAGAAAAGCUCAUAGCAAAGUAUAAUGUGGAGGACAUCCAGUUGCCUCGCAUGCUCAAGAGUGAUGCAGUUGCUCGAUACUAUGGGUUUGAGAAGGGACAGGUUGUGAAGGUCACGUACAAUGGAGAGCUCACUGGGCAUCAUGAAACAUACCGUUGUAUAGUGUAGUAUGCUGUAACUGGGUGGUAUUUUGAUGUUGUUCCAACUGUGGUGGUCGUGGUCUCUGUUGAGAUAUCCUAGGACUCUCAUUGGACGACAAGUUUGAGUGUAAUGGAAAUUUCUUCUCAUUUUUUUAAAAAACACUGGUGGUGUAGUUUAUUGGCACCUCGAGCAUGUAAAGGUUAGAUAUUUGCAGUGUUGAAUUGCUACAAUGUCUGCAAACUAAUGAAGGUCCUUGCCAUACUUCAAGGUUCCUCUU